AUGAAGUUCUCACACAGCAUCCAGUUCAACGCUGUUCCGGACUGGAGCAGUAACUACAUAUCCUACAGCAACUUGAAGAAGCUCAUCUAUUCUCUGGAGAGACAGAUCAAUAAACCGCAGGGAGAAGCACAAGAUGAAGAAAACACCUCACUACUUGGUGGGUCGCUCGACCCUGAUACCACCUUCAAGCGCAUGCUUGACUCGGAACUGGACAAAGUGUGCUCCUUCUACCGGUUGAAAGAGCUCGAAAUUUUCGGCGAGCUCGAUCAGUUCUUGAAGGACGCACAAGAUUACGAGGCCGAGACGCAAGAUGUCAAUAUGGACGAUGUUGUCGACACGGAAAAUCAGCGCAGAAUGAGCCGGUCGCAGAGUGUCUUCAACGCCCCAUUUCGGCGAAAGAGGAGGAGGUCCACCAUGAGUGUGAGCUUCGAAGAGCCAGAAUUGGAAGACGACAGCGAUAGUGACGCUGAAGACAGCGCGGCCAUGCUCAAGAAGAAGCCUUCAAUGAAGCCAAGGAGUAAGAGUGCGUUUCAGACUACACCCGAUCUCUCUGGCAUGGCCGAGUCUCGCGAAGAUCUCCGAGCACCAGAUACCUCCCCUUCCUUCCUGAGAAGGAGACCGAGUCUCGCGCUCGAGCUGGAUGCCAACGACCCCGGUCAAGUAUCGGCCUUGUAUGAUUCGGGCAUUACUCUGAAGAAGAGGGCAAUCAGUCUGUACGUCUCGUUGUGCGAACUGAAAUCUUUCAUCCAACUCAACCAGACUGGGUUCAAAAAGGCCACCAAAAAGUACGACAAGGUGUGCAAUCGGGAUAUCAGGAAGAACUACAUGGAGAAAGUGGUUAAUCCAUCGUACCCCUUCCAGGAAGCCACCUUGGGUCAUCUUGAGGAGAACAUCGCAAAGGUAGAGAAGGUGUAUGCAGAUAUUGUGACGAAAGGCGACCAGGACAUGGCUCGAAGGGAACUUCGACUUCAUCUCCGCGAGCAUGUCGUAUGGGAGCGGAACACCGUCUGGCGAGAGAUGAUUGGGAUUGAGCGAAAGGCACAAGCUGCAAACCUCGGCAUCAGACAAACCCUUCUCGGAGGAGGGCAGGAUCCUUCACGGGUCCGGUUGCAAGGCGAUCGAGAUGCAUCCGAGUCAAAGGAGAUUGUGACACCGGUUGGGCGAUACAGGUGUCCAAGGUGGCUGUUCAGCUCGACGUUCUUUACUCUGGUCACCACUCUAGCCAUCUUCCUGCUGUUACUUUUCGUUCCUAUCCUGAAGAAACCGGAACAGCAGAACUGUUUCGCCAUGCUCAUCUUUGUUUCGCUGCUUUGGGCGACCGAGGUGAUUCCUCUUUUUGUCACCUCAUUGCUCAUCCCAUUCCUGGUGGUGGUCCUGCGAAUCAUGCGAUCCGACGACAAACCUCAUCAACGACUCGACUCGAAAGCAGCGACCAAGGCUGUUUUCGCCGCCAUGUGGACACCGGUCAUAAUGUUGCUGCUCGGCGGCUUCACCAUCGCGGCCGCGCUCUCCAAAUAUCACAUCGCAAAGAUGAUGGCCACUUUCGUUCUGAGCAAAGCCGGCACCAAGGCCAGGACUGUGCUCAUUACGAACAUGUUCGUCGGCAUGUUUUUGAGCAUGUGGAUCUCGAAUGUCGCCGCGCCUGUGCUGUGCUUCAGCAUCAUCCAGCCAAUGCUGCGCAAUCUACCCGCAGACAGCAACAUGUCCAAGGCUCUGAUCCUGGGCAUAGCAUUGGCGUCGAAUAUCGGCGGCGCAGCCUCCCCGAUCGCAUCACCCCAGAACAUCAUUGCGUUGCAAAACAUGAAGCCUAGUCCGAGCUGGGGCGUCUGGUUCUUCGUCGCCUUGCCCGUGUGCAUCAUCAGCAUCGUGCUCAUCUGGCUUCUGUUACUCGUUUCGUUCAAGCCAGGACGAGGUACGACCAUUGUCCCCAUACGACCGAUGAAAGACAAACUCAACGGCGUCCAAUAUUUCAUCAUCUCGGUCACUCUAGUCACGAUCGUGCUCUGGUGUACUUCUCACCAAUUGGAAGGGAUAUUUGGCGACAUGGGCGUCAUCGCCAUCAUCCCCAUGGUUCUCUUCUUCGGCACGGGUAUCUUGACCAAAGAAGACUUCAACAAUUUCCUAUGGACGAUCAUUAUUCUGGCUGCCGGAGGUUUGAGUCUGGGCCGUGCCGUGUCCUCGUCAGGUCUUCUACACACGAUCGCCAAAAGUAUUAUCGAGAACGUGGAGGAUUUGUCGGUGUACGGUGUUCUCGUGGUCUUUGCAGCUCUCGUGCUCGUUGUUGCCACAUUUAUCUCUCAUACCGUGGCGGCUCUGAUCAUCCUCCCGCUCGUACAACAGGUUGGGGCGAGUAUGAAGGAACCUCAUCCGAACCUACUGGUGAUGGGCAGUGCGUUGAUGUGUAGUGCUGCUAUGGGGCUGCCUACUUCGGGGUUUCCAAACAUGACCGCAAUCAUGAUGGAAGUCCCCGAAACAGGCGUGCGAUAUCUCCACGUCAAGCACUUCCUGACCCGCGGCAUUCCGUCAUCGCUCCUCACGUUUGGCGUCGUUAUAACGGUGGGCUAUGGCUUGAUGGUGGCUACAGGUCUAUAA